GUGCAGAAGCAUCGACAUCAGUCAGUAUCUUGCCUCCUUCUCAGUCAGUCAACAGUGACAAGUAAACACGCCGUAGCCAUGAAGUUCCUCGUCAUUGUUUCGGUGGUGCUCGGAGUGGCGGCCGCUGCGGUGCCCCGCGUCCGCAGGGACUCCACCCCGGAAUUGUACGAACUCCCCUCCAACGCUAGCGUCAUCGUGGGAGGCAUCACCCAGGGAUUCGACUGCUCCGGCCGCAACUUCGGCUACUACGCAGACGACAAAAACAACUGCCAGAUCUUCCACGUGUGCAUGCCCUACGAGGACGCGGAGGGCGCCCCCCAACUGCGUAUGUGGUCCUUCCUCUGCGGCGUCGGAUCCGUCUUCGAUCAGGCGACUCUGACCUGCAACUACCCCGAGUCUGCCCUGCCGUGCGCUGAGGCCCAGAGCUACUACAAGAUCAACGACUACUUCCACCUCGAGGAGGAAGAGUUCCGCAGCGGCUUCAACGGAAUCUUCAAGAAGAAGUAGACUUCUAAAUGAUCUAAAUCAACUUAGACUUCCAAGACUACGAGCUGUGCAAGAUACUGAAACGAACCCGAAUUUAACGAUUGAAUUUUUCGACCCGAAUCUAAAAGUUGCUUAGUUUAGUAAGCAAUGAGUAAGAUGCUCUCUCAACGAUCGUAAAUAUUAUUUACGAGUCUGUGAUAUGCUAUGUAAUAAAUUGUCAUAACUUUUAUCUGUAUUAUAAUUCAUCAAAUUUCCUUUCGAUCUUACCUUUUAUUUCGCACUUUCUUCACGUUCCUUACCUAGGAAUUUCAUUAUACUCAUCUUCGUGAUCACUCUAUUCGUAAUCUGUUUUAUUACUGUUUUAAAUGUGCCAUUGUAAAAUGUGUAAAUAAAUUUCUUGGAGCAAUCGAA